CCUUCGCUUUACGGCAGCGCGGAGGUCGCGGCGGCGGGCGCGGAGGCGCCAUGGAGGGCGGCGGCAACACCACCAGCAAGGGCAGCGGCCUCGGCGGCCUCUUCGGCGCCGGCGGGGCCGGGUAUUCGCACGCCGACCUGGCCGGGGUGCCGCUAACGGGAAUGAGCCCUCUGUCCCCGUAUUUGAGCUUGGACCCCAAGUACCUCGUACAGGAUACAGAUGAGUUUAUCCUACCCACAGGAGCCAACAAAACUCGGGGCAGAUUUGAGCUAGCCUUUUUCACCAUUGGAGGAUGUUGUAUGACAGGGGCAGCAUUUGGUGCGCUGAAUGGCUUGCGACUUGGCUUGAAGGAGACUCAGAACAUGGCAUGGUCAAAACCUAGAAAUGUACAAAUUCUAAAUAUGGUGACCAGGCAAGGAGCAUUAUGGGCUAACACUCUGGGAUCUCUGGCUCUGCUGUACAGUGCUUUUGGAGUCAUCAUUGAAAAAACACGAGGUGCAGAAGAUGACCUGAAUACCAUAGCUGCUGGAACCUUGACAGGAAUGCUAUACAAAAGCACUGGUGGAGUGCGUGGGAUAGCACGAGGGGGCAUUGCAGGUCUGACUCUCACUGGCCUCUACGCUCUGUAUAACAACUGGGAGCACAUGAAGGGCUCCAUUGCCCGGCAGUCCCUCUGAGCAGGGCAGUCAGCGCCGGGCAGAGGACACGCUUGCACAGUCACCAAACAAUCAUUGCGAGAUCUGUCUGGUGCCCCUUCCUAUUCUAUUUACAAUUAGUGAGAAACUGAAGGAAGCUGUGCUGGGAGGAAUCUCCUGCCACCGUUUAGCUGGAUUGGCCCUUUCCUUCCUGCCAGCCACUUGCUGGAGGCAGUGAUAGUUGUUGGACCUGCGAGCGGAGCGGCCACCACGACAGUCUCCCUGACAUGCUCACCAGCCAGCCCUGGGCCAGAGCCACGCAGCGUGCUCGAGUCCCAUCACUGCACCAGCUGUGCUGCCAGGUCCGGUCAGAUGAGUGCUGCUGCUGCACAAUAAAGGCUCUGUCCAUAGAGCCCUUCACUGAGGUCUGUCAACAGCACCUGGGCGGCUGGAGCAGGUGGGAGCCUCCAGCAGCAACUGGCACAGGGCAGGGCUCGUUGCUCUUACAGCUCAGGGUAAGCUGUUAAAAGGGAUAUUGUAAUUAAUAAAAAGGGUGGUACUUAUGCAACACCUUUUCUAUGGUUUGCUGUUCCUGCUGCUGUUGAGACAAAGACGUCCUGCAUCCAGUGACUUGCAUUUACAGUUCAGCUUUGAAGGCCCAUUGUGAUAGAGUCAUGAGGCAAUUGGGUGAGGGGAAGUGCUGGAUGGCUGAUUGUCUCCUGAUGCAUGGUGGCAGCAAGGCAGGGGCUGGUGCCACUCCCUGACUUGUAACAAAUACAGAAUGUGUGUAUGGAUGGAGGGCAGUAACCAAUUACUAUUGCAAGACAGCUGUCAUUGGGUUAUAAACACCUUGGUGCUCCAGGACCUUACAGCUCACUCAGCCAACCAUUAGAAGCCAAGCAAUACAAGUACUUCUCCUGCUUGCUCUUACUGGGUUUUUAAUUAUUAAGUUUCUCUUCCCAAUCCCUAAGUAGUUCUUAUAGGUUACUGAUGAAACAGAGAUGUGAUGAAUCUACGCCUUUACCAGCAUUGAAGUGAAACCAUGAAAUAGUUUGUGAAAUGCUUGAGAGCAUUUUUUGUAGAUAAAUGGAACAGUAAGUUACAAAUCAAUUCAGUAGUCAAGAUUACUGUUUAACAGCUCAUUUCUUAAGUUUGUAAUUAAGCAGGCCCAGGACAGGACAAAGGCAAGGGAAAAAAAAAACAACCAAGAGAGAUACUACUUAAUAAAUAACCUCCUGUAAAGCUUUUGAUAGUUAUCGUACACUGCACAAAAAUAGAGACAAAGUAGAAGAAAGAUAGCAGUGCUUUUCUGCUUUUCUCUCUGUCAAGGAGCCUCUCUCCUAAAGGAACUUCACAGUUGCACUCUAUUGGCCUUGCUUGGCUGCCAGCUCAAAGCAGGUGCUUUCUGCCAGCAUUUAACUAGGUCUAACAUAAAGAAAAAAAAAAACAUUUUUUUUCCAUCUGCUUUGUAAAUGCUGUUUUUUGUUAAACCUUAUUUAUGUUUCACUUCAUUCAGAGUGGGUUGUAUGUUGGUGUUGUGGUAUAAGGGCUGGACCUUUUAGCACAUACUCUUUAGGGUUGCACCACUUAAGAAACCAUGUCCUGCUUCCAGCAGAAAGGUGAGUUGGGCACCAGCUGUGCAGUGCUGAUGGUGGGACAUGGGAAAGGUGCAUGCAAUUUCAGAUAGAGCUGCUGUUUUCCUCCCCAUUGGCUUUGAGGGUUCCUCCCAGUCCGUGGUUUUUGGUCAUCUUUAAUAGGAGUUGUACUCCUGCAUGCUCAACAAGGAUAGACAAAGGAUUGUUGCCUGGAACUGUUUGCUUCAGAGCAGAGCUCUGCAAUAAGCUUUCUUUCUAAGGCUGUUAACACCUGUGGUUCCUAACCUGCUUUUAUAUAGCAUGAUGCGUAGUUGAGCUAUGAAAUGCAACCACAGUAGCAGCCAGCUCUGCAUGGGAUUUAAUUUGGAAUGCUGCAGUUUUCACAUGGAAGAAAAAGGGGAGCAGUGGGCAUCUAGUAGCAGCAGCAUGCACUAACAUACAUGUCCAUAUUUGAUGGCUCCAAGCUCUCCAAAGAAAAACUGCGUAAACUGUAAGGAUUAUAGACAGCAUCUUUUCAUGCUUUAUGUGCAAGAGUUGCUGUGGUCACCAGUAAAUUGUGAGCAGUCAGCAUAAAGCUGUUGCUAAAAAAGCUGUGACCAAAAGAAUGUGUGAGGUCAGUAGGAAUAAAAGGAAGUUGCACCUGUAGGAUUUGGUAAGCACAUCGUUGUCCUCCAAAAGAGAAUUAUGUAAAUGUGGGCAUAAGGGACCUCCGUGGUCCCAAAGUGCUGUGCUCUGUCUGCUUGCUGUGCCUGGCACAGCAUCUGGUUUUGCUGACAAGAGUGAUGGACACCUUUCCAUGCUGUGGCAGCAAGUAAGGGAACCUGAGACAGCAGCUAUAAGGAAAGCUUUCCGAUUGUUCUGCCACCACUUUUGUGUGCAGCUCAAUGAACAGAAAGGCAAACCCCGCUUCAGCAUUCCUUAUCAGCAGAUGAGUUGUGGUAACAAAGGGGAAUUAGUUGAAACUUCGUUAGUCACAAGUUGGCAACCUCAACUUCCUCAGUGCAGCAGAAGCUGCUUCUGAAAACACGUGGGGGAAUGUACGACAGGGCAGCAAAAGGAUCCAGAGUUCACAGGUUGUGUUUCCUCUGACUUAAUGUGGGACUGAGAAAGGAUAGGGGGCAAUUCCAGUUUAGGUUUUAUCAGAUUUUGCCUCUCUGCACAGAGGUAUAGCUAGAAAAUUAGUGUGCUUUGAAUGAAGCUUUGUAUACUUGCAUACUGGCCUGUGUUGCUGCACGCCAGGCUCCACAGUGACAUGGGAGGUACCACAGCCUUUUUUAGUACUCUAUCAUUAGCACUGGUACUGCAUUCCACCCAGGCAUCUUUUCCCACUGUGUAAUCCCCCUCUCCCUGCCCAGAUGUACUGGCCACCACAGGCACCUCUCAGAUGCCCCAUGAGCAGCCCUGGUGUUGGGUGCAUUGGCCCUUAUCCAGGCUUCUGCUCUCCUGCUUGGGAUUGCCCAUGCCCUGCUUUCACCCAGUUCCUCAGUACAUCAGCCUAACCCCUCAGCUCAAAGAAAACCUUUCUGACUGCUUGCAAAGCUAUUAAGUGUUAUCUGCACCUGCUAUUUUGUCUUCCUUUUGUACUUAGAAGAUCUGAAAUAAUUAUUUGUCCUCAUCUGUGAAAGCCGUAUGCUCAGGAUACACGCUCAGGAGUUCCACACGUGGCUGCUAAGGGAAGGUCUGGCCCAUUUAGGAAAAAAGCUUACAUGCACAUACACCCACAAAAGAAACUCCAGGUAACUGGGUGGAAAGGCUGCCUGGCCCAGCUGCACGCUGUCACAGAAGAAUGCUUUGUGGUACAGUGCCACUUUAAAGGAAUAGGAAAUCCUCAGAGGAGAGGCAAAAUAUGCAACAAGUCUGACAUUCAAAUACAAGGAAAGCUCAAGAGCUAGAGAGAACCAGCUUUCACUGUGCAGGCAGACACAAUGUGGAUGCAGAAGAGGACUGAAUCAUAUUAAAAACAAAAAUCCAUAAAUCCUUCAAUAUUCAAGGCUUAAUAAGACUCAAAAGACACCAUUUUGUCUAAGCCUGUGUUUCUUACAGCUCCUGAAUAAAGGCCAGUGCUUUAGCCAUACCAGCUAUGUGUCUGUGAGCUUCUGUUCACUGCAGGGAUGGCAGUAAGCUCCCUAAGGUUCCUUGGCCUGGGCAGCUGACCACAGUGCAGGUGGGAGCCAAGCAGCAAACUGAAGCAGAAACCCAGUGCUGGGGUGAGAGCAGAGCCACAACAGCACCCGAGCUGAAGUCACCCAGGCUAGUCCCGCAGUUUUGUUAACCAUCCCACAAAGAAGCCAUACGACACAGCUUGGCUGCAAUUAUUUUAAUGGAAAAGACUAGUUAAUGUUUUACAUAAAUAUCAAUUAGUGAUAAGUCAGUUGAGUAAGUAAAGGAAUACAUACUCCCAAGGUUUAAAGGCUCAUAAUGAACUGAUAAGGUAGCACACAACUACGAGGAAUUACAGGAGGUGGGCUGCACUUCAAUCAUCUUCAUCAAGUUCAACUGCUAAUCAAAUUAGGCUAUUAUUGGAGUUAGUGAUAGUACAUCUCCCCAUGCCACAAAGACACGUUCAAAGGAGAAAAGUGAGCUUCGGAAGCACCUUUCUGCUUUCAGUAGAAAGCUCCAACUACUGAAGUACAAAAGCCUCUAGGUAGUGGUCCACUGAUGUCAAGCCCUUUUGGGGUCCAGUUUCAGGUGUGCAGCGUACCUCUCAGCCCCAAAACUGGAACAAAUACACAGGUUGUAUCAGACAGCAACGUGUGCGCACAUACCAAGGUUGGAUCUUGUUAAUUUCUACAGCACUGCAAGGAAGUGAAAUCAUUUUUACUCUGAGGCAGGCCUCACCCGUAGGGAAAAGAGGAGGCUUUUUAGUCACUAAGUUUGAAGUGAGCAGAAGCUGCAGCAGGAAUGAUGCAACUUCAGUUUCUCAUGCAAACUGACAGGUGUGACCCACAUUUCCACCCAACAUCGCUUUGUUCCCCAUGAACUCAAGAUGUAAAGUAUCUCCUGAGCUGCAUGUCCACGGCUAUAGGGAGCAGAAUUACUGAAACCCUCAAUUUAUACUGAUAACAGUAAGAAAUUUCACAGCUAAAACAUUAAAAUUGAUCAGACAGUGGGAUCUGCAGUUUGUAAAGCCAGUGCUUCCCAAUUAAAA